AUGGAUACUGGCUCAUUACGCCAUAGUCGAAACUUGAUUUGUUUCAAAGCGGGACGCUAUUACAGUUCACCAGAUGUUUCGUUCACUUUUGAGAAUUCCAUGAUUUAUGCAACAUCUUUACGUGAUCUUGAGUUAGACCCACAUGGAAAUCAAGACCGACUAAUUUGUUCCAUUGCAGCAGCAGGCAUUCAAUUAGAGAAGAUCAUAUUGUACAAUUAUAUCCUCACCGACAAUUCCACGAGGGAUUUAUGUCGAUAUCUUCCUAAUCUUGUGUCCAUAAAGUUUGACCAGUGUUCAAACUUAACCACUGCAAUCUUCUUCAUCCUUGCAAAAGAAUGUCCUGUGCUUUCAGAGAUUGAAAUGCCACAUAUAAAUCUACAAGUUGAAGAUAAUUUUGAUAUGGAUUUGGAGAGGAAUUAUCAAAUUAGAUCCUUGGAUUUGAGUUGUGCUCGUGUGAAUAAUGAAUUCCUGAAAAAAAUAGGGGUUGUUUGCCCCAACUUACAGACUCUCAAUGUUACAGGACUUUACACAUUGACAGAAGGCAUUGAGGAAAUUUUGAAGUGCUGCUCGCAGAUUAAGCAUUUGACAGUGGACAGAACUAGAGAAAUAGUCAUCUUAUUGGAACAGUUCAAAACUCGCAGCAUUAAAAUUGAACAUCUUUUGGAACUAGAGGAGGUCAAUGACUGA